ACGAAAGCAUAAAAAACACUUGUCAAAAUAAUUCAACACGUGAAUUCGUACGUAUUUUGGAGAUAUAUUAUUUUGUAUUUUCUGGAUAUCUAAUGUGAUAUAACAAAAUGCCGAAGAAUAUUAAACAUUUGGUGGUCGACACAACAGCGUUCAUAAAAGCAGCUGGCUUGCAGGACAUAGCUGAGAAUGUAUACACAGUUCAAGAGGUUAUUGAUGAAAUUACAAAUGAUAGACAGCGGAGAAAGCUUGUGGUGCUUCCUUACGAUCUUGUAGUGAAAGAUGUAUUCACUGAAAACAUCAAGUUCAUCACAGAGUUCUCCAAAAAGACCGGUGACUAUCGCAGUCUUUCGGCCACUGACAUCAAAGUUAUGGCUCUCACUUACCAACUGGAAAAGGAGAAAAUUGGAACUGACCAUCUCAAAACUGAUCCUACAAUGCAGAAGAUUGUCAAAGUAACAGGACUAUCGAACUACAACUCUAAUGGCAAUGAAAAACCUGAUGAGGAUUCUGAAAAGGUGAACCAGGAAACUGGUGAACCUACCGAAGGCACGGAUGAAGAAACUGGAGAAGUCAAGACUAAGAAUGUUACUAAUGUACCAGAACAGAAGCCUACAGAUGAAACUAAUACCAAUGACAAUGAUGAAGAGGAUGCAGAGCAAAUAGCUGAGCAAAUAAAGAACAUGGACUUACAGGACGCUAAUAUUGAUGAUAUUAUUGUAAAAGUCAAUGAUGAUGAAGAGGAAUCAGGCAGUGAAGAGGAUGAGGACUCAGACAGCGAUGGAGGAGAAUGGAUCACACCUGGAAAUGUGGCAGAAAAAAGGAAAGAAAUGGAACUAGGAGAGUUUGAGGAAAAGUCUGUUGAAGUUGCUUGUAUAACUUCUGACUUUGCUAUGCAGAAUGUCCUCAAACAAAUUGGCCUCAAUGUCACCUCAAUAGAUGGCAGGAUCAUUAGGCAGCUCCGUACAUUCAUUUUCCGAUGCACAACCUGCUUCAAAACUACAAGUGUGAUGACUAAAGUUUUCUGCCCAAAAUGUGGUCACUCAACUUUAAAGAAAGUUGGUGUGAGUAUUGACGAUGAUGGUGUUCAGCACAUCCACAUAAAUGGCCGGAAACCACUGACAGCUAGGGGCAAGAAGUUCAGCUUACCCACACCAAGAGGUGGUCAACAUUUCCAGUACCCAAUACUUUCUGAAGACCAGCAUAUUCACAAGAGAUUUGCCACAAAAAUGGCUAGGAGUAAAACUAAUGCUUUAGACCCUGAUUACACUGCAGGAUUCUCUCCUUUUGCCAUGAGGGAUGUCAACUCAAAAUCAGCUGUUUUAGGAGUAAGAGCUAAUAAGCAAGACCUUAAAUAUAUUAUGAAAAACUCUUGCAAAGGAAAGAAGAAGUAACUUAUGUCUAAUUUUUAAGCUCUAUGAUACAUAGGCUAAUAUUAUUGUAUAUAGGAAAUAAAAGUGUAAUCUAAAAGACUGUA